CACGAGAGCCAAAGUGGUCCAACUCCGAUUCGCCCAAUUUUUCCUCCCCCUGCGAGAUCGACUCGGAUCGAAGCGAAUGGAGAAGAUGGGGGCCGCCGACUCCCAAAUCGAAGAUCUCCUCGCUCAGAAGAAGCGCGUCAAGAACCCUCUCGUCCCCAUCGGUGCACUUUUAACUGCUGGUGUCCUCACAGCCGGUCUAAUCAGCUUUAGGCAAGGGAAUUCUCACUUAGGUCAGAAGCUGAUGAGGGCUCGUGUCGUAGUUCAGGGUGCAACAGUUGCUUUAAUGGUUGGGAGUGCUUACUACUACGGGGAACACUUUAGGGGAUCAAAGAAAUAAAAAUUCCUAAAUAAUGUUGUCUAAUCAUAUUCUUCAUCAUGCUUAUCAUGCUUUGUCAUAUGUACGUGAUGUCUUUUUGAAAGAUUUUUUUGGUGUCGGUACUGUUGUGCCUCUAGGUGAUUUCUUUCCCCCCUGCAAGUAAUCUGCUGGUUGAAAGUUCAGCUGCAAAUAUUUGACCACAAUCUGAGAGAAUAAGGUUCUAAAUUUACUCUGUGUGGUACUAAUUUUCUUUUAUUUUCGACUUAUAUUUUAACACCUUUUAAGAUCGUAUUAGUCUGUAAUUGUUGAGUGGUUUGAUGUAGGGAAUAUGCAGGUUUCUGUUCUAUUCGAGCAUUCACUUUCAGGGACUGAAUACUUGUAACCAGAUAUACUCAUUGGGCUAAAAUGUUUGAAGGUUUCGACU